AUGGAAGUCGAAGAUUCCCUGUUCAUGACAAUUUUCGUGCUUGUUUUUAUGUCCUUCCUGGCCUUAUUUGCAGUACUUGGUAAUGGACUUUUUCUUGGUAUCACUGCUCGGUUUAAGAAUCUUCGCACAUUUCCAAACAUUCUGAUUGCUGAUCUGGCGUUGGCUGAUUUUUUCAACGCGUUCAUCAACACACCCGUGUACUUGCUUUACGCGGUCCUGAAAGUUAAGUGGUUUACAGGGAAGACGUUAGCGAUUAUUUCACUUUCCUUACUCUCACUCUUUACCUUUGUAAAUGUCGUUUCCAUGUUGGUGCUACUCGUAAAUAUGUUUCUGGCCAUAACAUUUGACUUAAAAUAUUUCACCUGGAAAACGAAUAAGAAAGCCUUCAAGAUAGUCCUUGUUGAGUGGUUGGUCGGGUUUAUCUGUGCUGUUUUGUUGUGUCUUAAUUGUGAUGUCGACCUUCAAAAAGAGGCUUCUGUUUCAACGUAUCGCAGUGAAGUUUCGGAUAAAGGCAAACCUAUUGCGCCAGGCAUCAUCUCGGCGUUCGUGGUCAUUGCAGUAGUCCUUAGUGCCAUGAUUUUCCGGUCAAUUCAAAAAAAGAAACGCCAGGUGAGUUUUUUCUUGCUUUAGAAUGAUUUUUUUCUACGUUGGGUGAUAAACUCAAAUGUUAAAUGUCUUAAUUUAGUUUCUUGAACUUUUACGAAAGUAAUGCAGAUACGCAUCCCGUGGAUGAAAUCCGCCCAUAAAAUGCAUGGACUCUGGGAUUCCGCUAAGGCGAUUCAGGAAAUCUGAAAAUGAUCAGCCCUUUGAAUUAGUCAAAAAGGCUGAUUCAGCUGAUUCGCUAUACAAGUAAAAUUGCUUGUAGGCAAAAAAAUCCAGUUCGCACACAGCGCCCUAAAAGUUGUCUUGCGCGCAAACCAAGGGGAAGUAAAUCACGACUAACCUAAUGUAGCUCGUCACAAACAAGAGACUCUGUAUUAGAAGAGGUCGAAAAUUCUCUUCGUUUGUCACUUUAAAUUGGCGUGAACACCUACGUUUAGCUAGGCUUAUCAUUAUACAUGAUUGCUCUAUGGCCGAAUUUGUACCAUUCAUAUAAAAUGUAUAAAUAUAUUUUAAAAUGGUAAUUUGUUCAUUUCUAGAGGAAGCGGCUAAACUUGCCUCAACUGCAAGCUGAGACCAGACUGCAACAGGAUAUCAAAGCAGCCAAAAUAAUAAUCAUUAUUAUCCUUGCAUUCCUUGGGUGCUACAUCCCGCCUGUCGGCAUUAGAGUCUGGGUUCGGUCCAAUUUUUAUGGCACUGACAUCGCUUGGCAUGGUCACUUGAUACGCGCCAGCGUGCUCAUAUCCAGCGGGAUCAAUCCUGUCAUCUAUUGUUUCAGAGCCAGAAGGUUUCGAUGCGCACUGAGACAGCUUCUUAAUGAUCCGUGCGGAAAAACAGCUUUCCAAGAAAUUAAACAGGAGCAACGAGCCAGAGAGAUUAUUCCAAAUCGGAAUGCACGAGGUGACAACAUCGCGCGCGAACCUGACCAGGAGAGAUUCGAACUUACGUCCUGCUCACCGCUUUUCCAGUGGGUUCGUAAUUCCAACUGCUGCAAUGGAAGAAUGGGUCAGAUUGUACAACGGUUUGAACAAAAGAAAAGCGGUGAAAAUAUGGACGAAAAAUUGGGGAGGCGAGCUGCUAGAAAAAAGGUUAUUCCCUUUACAGUACAAGACAAGCCACAAGUUCAGAUAGUAAGCCCGCCGUCACAAUCGCUAGAUAACGAAAACUAUACAGGAAAAUUCCUCAGAAAAGAACGACCAACACCCGACGCAGAUUACUCCCGACAGGAGGUCAUUGUUGAGGUACAUCCUAUCCAUGGUCCACUGAGGGAGAAAGUAACAGAGACCCCAACAUCAAAGGAUGAUUUGGCAACGCCCAUUGUCAUCAUUACUGAAUGA